CAAGAUUUCAAUCUUUUCAUCCCUUCCUACAGGUCUGCGUCCGGCUUUUUCUGUCCACUGAGUUGUCUCCUACUGCCCCUCUCUUCUGGUGUAUCUAUUGCCCUAUCCGUAAUCUUCCUUGUCGUGAUCUCCAUAUAAAACCUCAAGCAGCUAUAGCGAGCGGCCUGUGCCUGUCUGGUGGGAAUUUAACCCUUCCCCACGUCCCUGCCCUUACAAUACAACGGAAGGUCUCCCUAGGCAUACAUGCAUGGCCUAAUAUAAGUGAUCACCACCAUGGCCCUGCGCACAUCUGCCGAUAAUGCGGAGGACGUGGCCGCUGGCUUUCGUCUCUUCCGCGACCCUCUGCCGGAACAUUCAACGGAGAUCACCAGUUUAAUCGCCGAUCUCUAUGCAAUCAGCACAUCUCUUAAGAACCUCGAGGACUUGGCACGUCAUCGGAACUAUCGGCGCAACCUGCACGCCGUCCAACCUGACCUAGAAGUGGUCCGGACAAGCUUGAAGUAUACGCUUGAGGAUGUUGUCGACUUCUUCGGAGAUCUGGAGGGGCGGAGAGGCCCCAGUCGUGAAGUCUACAAGCGGACAUGGAACGAUCUUUGUACUUUCUUCCGGGAGGAGUCGCAGGACUCGCUGUCAACCCGACUAGCCAAGUAUAAGGCCUUUCUGUCCGAUUUGGAGGCUCUUAUAAAGGGUAAUGCCGUUGAUGACCGAUUGAUGUCCUCUCUGCGACACAGCCUCAAAAAUCUGCUGGCUCAGCAAGAAUCGCACGUCGUGUCACAGCUUGGCUCCAUGUCUCUGAGUUCCCCAUCCUCCAGCAGCAGCAGCAGCAGCAGCAACACCAGCGGCGAGCCUGGAAGCCCGGUCAGUGACCGCAGGCCCCGCACGCGGAGGUCAUAUGAAAGACACCGUCCGUCUCAUUCGGGACCACAGUCGCCAACGUCGACUUCAUCCGGCACGUUCUCCGAUAUUCCCCCCUUGGCUCCUGAUGCGCCGGGCUCGCCUGCCACUACGACUGCCACCAGCCGAUCGACCGGAUCCAGCAUAGUCAGCGACCAUUGGGCCCGAAGAGUGUUUCUGGAUGAGCACCCGCAGACGCCCAUUCCAUAUAUCGGUGAAAGCUCCAAGUGCUUUGGCGAGCCGAAGGCUAACCCCAAGGCGUGGCUUGACAGCGAAGGAUUUGAGGAGCUAUUUCAGCUAGCAUUCAACAGCGAGACGGAUGUAAGAGUCUGCUUCUAUCUACGGGACGAAGACCAUCGGGCCCGCGUGGUGUGCAAAGCACGCCGUUCCGCUCGGUCCAAUGAAUAUUUCAUUCUGCCUUUGAACAUGCUCGAGAUCGUCCGUGUUGGGUCCUGUUUACAAUUGUGUCGACGCCGUCGUGGAGGCAGCGAACUGGUUUUGUGGGCCAACCUCAAAUUCAGCACCAUUGAACAGAUGGUGAUUUUCUUCUGCACAUUUCUGGCACUUCGCUCGCAAGACUCCGGACGUCCCGUGGCUGUGGAGACCAUACGCGAUUAUGAGCUGGCGCAGGAAGAGGAACUCUUCGGAGGACAAAUUGUGGAUGACGACUUUCUGCAUGCCUUGCGUGUGUAUCGGGAUGAAGUUUCUGGCGCCGUGCGACUGCAGGCCUCGGUCCACAAGGGGGAGCUGAAGCGGUCGCCGGUCUGGACCGCUUUUAUCACCGACCAUAUUGGGACUCCUGGCUGGAUUCGCCGGCCCGAGCCGAAGAUUGUGGUGUUGAAGGAGGUUCGUCGGAGCAUCUUCACGUUUCCCGAUUAUACGCCACCUCAGACGGCUCGAGGGGAGCAUGUCCUCAAAUUCACUCAUCGUUCUGAUGCGCAAGGCUUCGUGGAGACGAUCACUGAGCUGGCACAUGGAUGAGACAUGUCGUUGAUCAAGCGACCAGCUACUUGCUCAUUGCUGGGAAAGGCAGAUACGAUUGACGUGCUAUGACUGAUGACCACUAAGAGCUAAUCUGGAGGAUUCCUGUUUGUCGUUGGAGGGUCAGUGACUUGGCAUUGUGAUA